AUGGCAUUCAACUUCAAUCCACCGGCGUCCACCGGCGCAUCUGGUGGAGGUGUGUUCGGGUCAGCAGGCAACGCAUUCGGUGCCAAUAAGGAUAACAAUGCUUCCGGCACUGGCCUUUUCGGAAACGUUGGAGCUUCAACCGCCGGCACUACCAAGCCUUUGUUUGGAGGAAAUGCCGCCACUGGUCAAAGUACUCCUUCUUUCGGAAAUGCAGGCGCUACCAAUGCGCCCGCUGGUGGCAGCUCGGGCUUCAGCUUUGGCGCACCUAAAACCAGCAGUACCCCGGCCACGGGAGGUCUUUUCGGUGGCGCCGGCAGCCAGACUCCCAACAAGACCGCGGAAUCGACCACACCUGGACAGCCUGCUAGCAGCGGAUUGUUCGGUGCUCCUGCUACCGGAGGCGGAUUGUUCGGUGGUGCUGGCUCCACGGCUACCCCUGCUCCUGCGGGAAACUCUCUGUUCGGCAACAACUCGACCACUCCCGCAGGGCCUCCACCGGGAUCGAACGCCCCAAACAGCCUAUUUGGGGGCGCAAAGCCCGCCUCGGCUACCCCUUCUACCGCAGCAUCUACCACCCCCACUACCUCACAACCAUCUAACAACCUUUUCGGUGGUGCAGCUGCCCCCAAGCCCGCGUUUGGAGGAACCACACCUGCCGCACCUGCGCCUACUGGUAAUCUAUUCGGUGGUCUAAACAAGCCAGCCGAGUCAAGCACUCCCUCGACUGCGGCAGACGCCUCCGCCAAGCCAGGAUUGUUCGGCGCGGCCCCCGGUGGUGCGUCGUCACAGACACCGUCUCUUUUCAACAAAGCGCCAGCCCCAACAGGUGACUCCGCGCCGAAGCCUGCAUUUGCUCUCGGUGGCGCUUCUUCUGCCACAACUUCUAGCACAACCCCUUCUCUUGGGGCCCCGGCCACAUCAGGUGCUACGCCUCAAAAGUCCUUGUUCCCUUCUUUGGGAGGCGCUACGUCCACAGCUGCCCCCUCAACCACACCGGCAGCCGCUUCUGCAACGGGAGGCCUAUUUGGUGGGGCUGGAAGCUCUGCUCCCUCCACAACUUCAGGAACCGCAUCAACUUCCGCGCCUGCUCCCGCUCCACCUGCCCCCACGGGUGGUUUGUUCGGACAGGCUGCAUCUUCUACGGCUUCAAGCAAGCCUUCGACCACUCCUGCAGCCCCCGCCUUCGGGACCCAGACGACUGCCGCUACAGCUGCUCCUGCCACGACUGCAACCACCAGCACUACCGCUCCAACAGGGGCUUCUGCUCUCGGCCAGUCAACUGCUGGUCCUGCCCCUCCCGCACAGUCCCGAUUGAAAAACAAGACAAUGGAUGAAAUCAUUACUCGAUGGGCCACUGAUCUCGGAAAGUACCAAAAGGACUUCCGUGAGCAGGCGGAGAAGGUUUCCGAAUGGGAUCGCCUCCUUGUGGACAACGGCACUAAAGUUCAGAAGCUUUACGGUAGCACUGUUGAUGCAGACCGCGCAACCCAGGAGGUUGAGCGUCAGUUGGCAGCAGUUGAAGGCCAACAGGAUGAGUUGAGCUCAUGGCUGGACCGAUAUGAACGUGAGGUGGAUGAGAUGGUCACCAAACAGGUUGGCCCCGGAGAGUCUCUUCAAGGGCCCGAUCAGGAGCGCGAGUCAACUUACAAAUUGGCCGAAAAGCUCUCAGAGCGCUUGGAUGAGAUGGGCAAGGACCUUACUAGCAUGAUUGAGGAGGUGAACGGCGCUUCAUCCACCUUGAGCAAGACAAACAAAGCGGACGAGCCGAUCUCGCAAAUCGUUCGCAUUCUCAACGCACACUUGUCGCAAUUGCAGGUCAUUGAUCAAGGUACCUCCGAUCUUCAGUCCAAGGUUGCUGCAGCCCAAAAGGCGGGCCAAUCUAUCUCUGCCCGUCUUGGAUACGGAUAUAACAACACUGGCAUGGGCAAUGAUAACACCGCGGAUGACUUCUACCGCUCCUUUAUGCAAGGGCGGUAA